CCCCACACGGAAAAGUAAAACGAUAACCAUAAGAGACCAAAACCGCUGUCGUUUUGUCGUCUUUUAUUUAAAAUGAAAGGAGAAAUUUGGAAAAGCUGCCACUGAGGAUCGAUUGAUCAUCUUCCUUUCAGUAGAAUUUAAGGGGAAUUUUUUUUGGAAAAAAAAUUAAAAGAUGAGUGAAGUUUUCGAAGGAUAUGAACGGCAGUAUUGCGAGCUAUCUGCGAAUCUUUCCAAGAAGUGUACGGCUGCUGGUGCUCUUACUGGAGAGCAGAAGAAACAAAAACUUUCUGAUGUAAGAGCUGGAGUGGAAGAUGCAGAAGCUCUGAUUCGAAAGAUGGACCUCGAAGCAAGAAGUUUGCAGCCAAAUGUUAAGGCUGUACUUCUUGCUAAGUUAAGGGAAUAUAAAUCAGAUCUAAACAAUCUGAAAAGUGAAGUUAAAAGAAUCGCAUCUGGUAAUUUGAAUGCGGCUGCUCGAGACGAGUUGUUAGAGUCCGGCAUGGCUGAUACUCUCACGGCAUCAGCUGAUCAAAGAUCAAGAUUAAUGAUGACUACAGAGCGGUUGAAUCAGAGCAGUGACAGAAUUAAGGACAGCAGGAGAACCAUGUUAGAAACAGAAGAGCUUGGGGUUUCAAUCCUUCAGGAUUUGCAUUCACAGCGACAGGCUCUCUUACAUGCCAAUAACACGCUCCAUGGAGUAGAUGACAACAUCGGCAAGAGCAAGAAAAUUUUGACAGCUAUUUCUAGGAGGAUGAGCAGGAACAAGUGGAUCAUUGGCACCAUUAUCGCCAUCCUUAUCAUUGCGAUCGCUCUUGUUUUGUACUUCAAACUUGCUAAAUAGUCAAUUAUUUGUAUCUUCGCCCUGUUGGUUCUGCUUGGUUUGUCUUUGUUUGUCCUUGCGAGCUUGUCCAUGUUGAGUGCCAAUAUAAAUGUAUGCUUUGUUAAUCCUAAUGACUGAAUUUUUCGUCACCUCAAUUUUAUGUGCUGACUUCCAAGAAA